UUCAAGAGUCUAGUCCUAACGCAGCGGGUCAAAAUGAAAUUCUUCUUAUGCAGUUUGGUAUGUUCUUCAACACUGACUCUGGUGUCCAUUCAUGCUAUAGUUUAUCCAAGUAUGAUCGCUGCUCCAAAAAGGUUCAUAAACGUCUCUAUUGGUGAGACUGUGUCAUUUAGGUGGCACUACAAUUCAGGAGAUCUAAAGAAUGAUCUUUUCGAGGUUGUGUUUGGUAUUUGGAAGAGUCCUGGCUUCCUGAAAACAAAGUUGAUAGCUGUCAACUCGAGUGGUUUUGCCUCAACAAGGUCUUCAUACAAGUCAACGGUGGGUUGGGCAGGGAAUUUGACAUCCUCUAUUACAGUGUUUGAGCUUUACAAUUUAAAACUUGAAGAUAGCAAGAAGUAUGGAAUAGUGGUAGAAUACGGACUUCGGAAUACCCCGUUGACCGACUCGGUUCAGCUUCAAGUUGUGUCCAGACACACAGGUCCACCAAAAGCCACUACUACUACUCCACAACCGAUAAGUGUCACAACAGCCGUGAGAGCUACAAAUACAGGGUCUCCAGAUACGUCGAAAGAGGUUGGCGUUUCAUUGCCAAGAAAAUCUUCAGGAGAAUCCUCCUCUAAAUGGGCAGUGGCAUGUGGAAUCAUCUUAUUUGUUGCGAUAACACUCACAGUGGGCCUUUGCUUUCACCAUCAUAAAAAAAGCCCUAAACAUGGCGUAAAUAAUUGCAGCUGCAAGACACUUGCUAUGGACGACUCACCCUUAUUCAUUAAAAGCAACAAAAAUGAAUUCGGCGUUUGAUCCUGGGAGAUUCAUGCUAAGAAAAUUAAAAGGUCUAAACACUGUGUUACUGCUACGACAGCAUCAGUUAAAUGUUUAGUAUGGCACGGCAGCAGAUUCAAACGUAUUAAUUUCAAUCGAACCAAACUAAGCGCACUUGAGGUAAAUAUAAAACCCCCAAGCUGGUAGGUUUACUAAUUCUAAAUAUCCGGUUAGUCGUUCAAAACAUAAGUGUGUUGUAAGGGGAAGUUAGUCAAUGAUGUAAAUCAAUCCAAUAAUUUACAAUUGAUAAUAAAUGUAUCACGUUUCUGUCUUUCUA